AACGCCUAGCGCCUGAACAGCUGAGUGGAACCUUUGGACUUUCUAUCGUCUUAUUACCGAGAUCAACCAUGUUUGCCAGCAACACGCGUAACUUAAUGCGCAGCAGCUUUUUGCAGCGCUGCAAGAGCACUUUGGUGGUGGCCGAGCACAACAACGAGGCUCUCAACCCAAUCACCCUGAACACCAUUUCGGCGGCCAAGAAGAUCGGCGGUGACGUGACAGUUCUUGUGGCAGGCACCAAAUGCGGACCCGCCUCCGAAGCUCUGGCCAAGGUGGAGGGCGUGACCAAGGUUCUGGUAGCUGAGAAUGCCGCCUUCAAGGGAUUCACACCCGAGUCCCUGACGCCCCUGGUCGUGGCCGCCCAGGCGCAGUUCAAAUUCACCCACAUCCUGGCUGGAGCCUCAGCUUUUGGCAAGAACGUGCUGCCCCGCGUGGCCGCCAAGCUGGAUGUGUCGCCCAUUUCGGAGGUGAUCGACAUCAAGUCCGAGGACACCUUUGUGCGCACCAUCUACGCCGGCAAUGCGAUCCUCACCCUCAAGUCGAAGGACCCCAUCAAGGUGCUUACUGUGCGUAGCACCAACUUCCAGCCAGCGGCUACCAGCGGAGGCAGUGGCGCUGUGGAGCAGGCCGCAGCCGGCGACUACGCCAGCAGCUUGUCUGAAUUCGUCAGCCAGGAACUGACCAAAUCCGACCGUCCCGAGCUGGCGGGCGCCAAGGUUAUCAUCUCCGGCGGACGCGGCCUCAAGUCCGGCGAUAACUUCAAGUUGCUCUACGAUCUGGCCGAUAAGUUCGGCGCUGCUGUCGGCGCCUCCCGUGCCGCCGUCGACGCUGGAUUCGUGCCCAACGAUCUGCAGAUUGGACAGACGGGCAAAAUCGUGGCUCCGGACCUAUACAUUGCCGUUGGCAUUUCUGGCGCCAUCCAGCAUUUGGCCGGCAUGAAGGACUCGAAGACCAUUGUGGCCAUCAACAAGGAUCCCGAGGCACCCAUCUUCCAGGUGGCCGACAUCGGCAUCGUUGCGGAUCUCUUCAAGGCCGUGCCCGAGCUGACGGGCAAGUUGUAACCGCGCCACGUGUUGUAGCAUAAAUACCCGAUCAGAUUCUAUGAUCAAGAAUUGAGAACUA